AUGGCGACGGUCUGCGGCACUGCUACCCCAGCAUGGGGCACGCACGAUUUGCCAACUUUGACGCUGACGCGCGCACAAAUAGCCGAAAGAAUCGCACAGGGCGACGUGCUUGUACUGCACCGCCGGCUCGUGUACAGGCUGAAUUAUUGGGUUGAUAAGCAUCCUGGCGGCGACCUCGCCAUCCUACACUUUGUGGGCCGCGAUGCAAAAGACGAAAUUGAAGUAUACCAUUCGGAAACAACGAUACGCAUGCUAAUGCGCCGAUUUGCUAUUGCACAAUUGGCAGAAGAGGACGCUACCGACAUACAAAACGGGCGCGUUUUUCGACCGCUCAUGCCACCCAUCCAGCUGGGCUACCGGGAUGGCAAGCUGGACCAUCCCGAUGCACAGCUGGAUGUGUGGAAGCGCUCAAAAUCCGUGCACUCUACGCUUGACGCGCGCGUGCAAUCGUUCCCUAUACCGACCGCGAUGCUAGAACCGCCGCCGAGCAACGUGUCGCUGCUGGACGAAGCGCGCAUUUCGCAUGCGUUUGAGGUUAUGCACCAGAGAAUCAAAGAUGCGGGGCUGUAUACUUUGAAUCCGUGGAACUAUGCGCGCGAAGCUGUGCGAUACGCAAUGGUCGCCAUAUGUUCCUACGUGCUUUAUCAUGCUGCGCCCCAUUUGCAAGGAUGGUGGAGUACCACGGCGUACCUGGGCUCUGCGCUCGCGCUGGGCGUACUUUGGCAGCAGCUUACGUUUGUCGCACACGAUGCAGGUCAUUGCGGCAUUACACAUAGCUGGCCCGUGGACCACUUUAUCGGCGUCGUCGUCGCGGCGUACAUUGGCGGAUUGUCGCUUGUGUGGUGGUGCGAUAACCACGACGUGCACCACCUAGUGACAAACCAUCCGGAACACGAUCCCGAUAUCCAGCACAUGCCCAUCUUUGCCGUUACGCCGCGUUUUGUGCAGGAGCCAAGCGCACCGCGUGCAAAGCAACAUUCGCAAGCGCCGCGCGGUUUGUGGUCAUCAUACUACCGCCGCGUCAUGUACUUUGACGCUGCGGCGCAGCUCUUAUUGCGUUUCCAGCACCGACUUUAUUACAUCAUCAUGUCGCUUGCGCGCUUCAACCUCUACUUUUUAUCCUAUAGCUUCCUCUUUCUCAAGGCCAAGUGGGACCGCUGGUUCUACUUCGAGGUGGUGGGUUUGGUUUCGUUUUGGGCAUGGUACGGCGGGAUAGUCCUAGCCAAUUUGCCCAACUGGCGCAUUGCGCUGGGGUACAUGCUUCUUUCACACAUGGCAGCGAGCCCUGUGCACGUCCAAAUUGUCCUUUCGCACUUUGCACAAGAUACGUCGGACUUGGGGCCACAAGAGUGCUUUCCGUCGCGCCAAAUCCGCACGACGAUGGAUGUGCAGUGCGGCAAAGAAAUUGAGUUUAUCCACGGCGGGCUGCACAUGCAAGUCACACACCACUUGUUUCCGCGCUUGCCGCGGCACAAUCUGCGCGCCGCGCGCGAUUUGUUUACGCGGCCGUUUUGCGAGGAGAUGGGGCUGUUGUACGAGGAAAUGUCGUUUGGGCCGGGAAAUGGCAAGGUACUGCGGCGCCUGAAGGAUAUUGCCGACCAAGUGUCGUUCUUGUUUUGCGUUGCAGAUGCACAGGCGAGAGGCGAGUUGCAUGGAUAG